AUGCGAGAUGAAGAUCAGCGGCGAGCAAAGAAAGAAAAACUUUUUCAAUUUUAUCGUGAUCCGAAUGCUGCAACUCAAUGUUCUGAUAUGGAAUCUGUAAAGACGCUGCCGACAGAUGAUGAUAUCCUUAACAUUGAUGGAUCUUCAUUUAACGCCCGAGCCUAUUUGGAGAAACACUUGAAAGAAAAGGAUCUUUCCGAUUUGAUUCUUGAAGAGAAAGUGUUGACUGAACAAAUACGUUCGCUGGAUUCGGAAAUGCAAACAUUGAUGUAUGAUAAUUACAGCAAGUUCAUCAGCGCUACCGACACUAUUCGAUUGAUGAAAUCAGACUUCAAAUAUGUGGAAAAGGAAAUGGAUUGUUUGGUGAAGAAUAUGUCCUCUAUUGGCGCACGUGAUAGGCUUAACGCGACUGUCGCUGCCUUGCAAGAAAAGACAUCGGGAGUCCGCAAGUCCACAAAAGAACAAGGUGAUCUGCAGAACAAAUCAACCGAAUCUGUGACCAACAGUACAAGCGCAGAUUAUACUCGUCCAGAUAUCCUUCACUUUGCAAACUUGCUCACGGAUCACAUACUGGACGAAUUGAGUGGCUUUGCAUCGGCCUAUGCCAGUCUUUUUGCCGCAGAGAAAUCCAUGGACAAGGAAGACGAAAGCGAGUGCACUGUUAUGUAA